UGCAAUGCUGAACAGUUGAAGAUACGGUACCAGGUGAAGUGGAGAAGGGCGGUCAGAGUGUCAACAGGCGUGGUUUGAGCAAGCAAACUGUUCUGCUGCAAUUACAAUUUUCAUGCAUCAGUCUGACAAGUAUCCUCAACAGUUUACAGGUACCUGCAACCCGUUAUAACUGACACAAGCUGGCACUGAGAGGCGACUAUCUUUAAGCUGUAACUUACGGCAUCAAGGCAAAAAGCAAUCUCUGAAUGCUUGCGGAGUUCUGAAGCCCAUAGCCCGAAUUGAGGAUUGUGCUCUUAUAGCAAGUGGCAUCCAUUCAGCUUGCGAAGGCAGUACGAGAGCAGCUUAAAAUCACAUUGCACAGGGUGAGCGGGCAGGAUCCUGCUAGUCAAACUGAUGGGUGGUGACAAGAUGUAGAGGCUAAGAUUUUGGAAUACAAAUCAGCAAGCUCUAUGGGCCGUUGGCGGCACAUUCAAAGCUUCUUCGCAGAUGGUGGAGUACAUAGUUGUGCGCUGCUUCCAGUGCAGCACAUUUCAGGUGAAACAGGUGACCAAGAGCAACAAGUGGUCCUGCAGUUUGUGUGCAGCAAAGCAGUCGGUCAUCAAGGUCUAUGGAGUUUCUGGCAAGGCUUCAGAUCUACGGAAGCUGGCCCAAGAUCUGAACCUAGGGCGGCAAGAAGCAGAUGCGGCCAAGGAAGCGGUCUUGCUGUCUAAAGCUGGGAGUGCAGCGCAAGAGGACGACGACGACUUUGACGAGGCGCUGAUUGCAGAGCUGGAGGAGCGCGAAGCUCAACAUCGGCAGUCGCAGCCACCAAGGACAGGGCACAAGUGGGAGGCUUAUAUACAAAAUGCGGAGGGAGACGGCGAGGAGGUCUCUGUCAAAGAUGACCCGUUGGACACUCAGCUGGUGACAACACUGCCCGACCAGGGGAGCAAGCGGCGAAAGAAAGAACAUCCAGAGAGGAGAAUAGAUGAUGUGGCAUACCAGAAACCAGGACAGGGACAGGCUAGGAAAUCGCAGCCUGCACUUGUUGACCAAGAUUAUGGCUAUAGCUACUGUGACAAAUCAGGCAAGAGAGCCGCCGAAGGUUCUGUUCCUACAGCUAGAAGGGCGUUGCAACCCAUCCAGGCUCAGGGUUACAAGCGUGGCACCAAGCCUCUUGAAACUGAGGAACCGAACUGGGGCAGUGUGAGGGCUAAGGCAGCAGAGUUGACAAGCGGUGCUGAGUCUAAGACUGAUCUUCGAGUAUCAAAGCGGGCCCCAGGUCAGUCCAAGUGGGCCACCUACAUAGACAGAGAGUCAAGCUGGAACGGCGACCGUCAGAAAUCAGAGCUGGCCUUGAGGGAAGAAGAUGAGUGCGGAGACCCUAGCAUUCAGACAACUUGGGGCAAUGACGAGAUCGUGGAAUGAACGUUGCAACUGGAUGAACUCUCAACAUGUCCUGUACCGAAAGCUUCCACGGUUUUGAUGAUGAGAACUUGACAGGUGCAGAGUUCCCUUAAAUCAAGCGAGCUCGU